AUGAAGAGGAACCACGUGCAGCAGCGUCUUCUACCGAAGAACCUCAUGCACAAGCGUCCACCGCAGAAGAAUCUCAUGCAGAAGCGUCCAUUGCAGGCAAAACUUCUGAAGCUCCAGUGGUUCAAACGACCUUGCAGCAGCCUCAAAAAGAAAGUAAAGCAGGGCAAAAUGCAACGGUGGGGGAAUCUGCCAACACAGAGCACGUGUUCGUGGGUUGGAACUCCCAUGCCGUUGGAGAAUCAACGGGUGAUGCGUGCACUGUUUGCAGAAGCGGACUGCUGCUUCUGCUUCUUCUGUUGGGACUAUGGGGGUUUGCGGCUCUGUGAGGAGUGA